ACUCAGUUCUUGAAAAUGUUGUCGCAGCUAGUUUGGAGGAAUAACAAUGUACUUCUUUUAUUGUUCGUACUCGGAUUGGGGUGUCCACUGUUAGCGUUGAACAUCGAUCUAGGCAAGCCCAAUGAGUGCGAUGAGGGCACUGUCCAGUCUCAUCCAGAUGACUGUGCCCGCUAUUUGCAGUGUCUAAAUUCAGCAAUUGUAAUUCAAACAUGUCCCAACGGCAGCUACUUUGAUCCAACUUACGAAGUGUGCGUCAUCGAUGUGAAUGGGGUCUGUGCCUCCGCAUCUGGAAAGUGUUCGGAAGACCAGAUUGAAGCGAUUCCCGGAAACAGUUGCGGUUACUUGCGAUGCAUUAACGGCAGUCUCAAGGAAGAGAAAUGUGAUAUUGGUAGCUACUUCAAUGCCAGUCUGAGCAUCUGCGAGAUCGAUGAGAAUGGAAUAUGUUCUACCCUUCCUGGGAAUUGCUCGGAAGGAGAGCUGCAGAAGGAUCCUGAGAAUUGUGCCGGUUACCUGAAAUGUGUCAAUGGAAGCCUUAUCGAGGAAAAGUGUGUCAAUGGUAGCUAUUUCAAUGCCAGUCUGAGCAUCUGCGCGAUCGAUGAGAACGGCAUAUGUUCUACCAAUCCAAUAAAAUGCUUAGAGGGUGAACUAGAGGAGGAUCCUAAGGGUUGUUCCGGUUACCUGAAGUGCAUUAAUGGAAGCCUUGUCGAGGAAAAGUGUGCCAAUGGUACCUUUUUUAAUUCCACGCUUAAGAUCUGUGCGAUCGAUGAGAAUGGAGUCUGUACGUCAGCUCCUGAAAAAUGUUUAGAAUAUGAGAUUAAGGAGAUUCCCGGAAAUAGUUGCGGUUACUUGCGAUGCAUUAACGGGAGCCUUGAGGAGGAGAAGUGCGAUAUUGGUAGCUAUUUCAAUGCCAGUCUGAGCAUCUGCGAGAUCGAUGAGAAUGGAAUAUGUUCUAACCUUCCCGGGAAUUGUUCGGAAGGUGAACUGCAGGAGGAUCCUGAGAAUUGUGCCGGUUACCUGAACUGCAUUAAUGGAAGCCUCGUCGAGGAAAAGUGUUCCACUGGCAGCUUUUUCAAUAUCACUCUUAAGGUCUGUCAAAUCGAUGAGAAUGGAGUCUGUACUCCAGCUGCUGAAAAAUGUUUAGAAGAUGAGAUUAAGGAGAUUCCCGGUAAUGGUUGCGGUUACUUACGAUGCAUUAACAGUAGCCUUGAGGAGGAGAAGUGCGAUAUUGGUAGCUACUUCAAUUCCAGCCUCCUGAUCUGUGAGAUCGAUGAGAACGGAAUAUGUUCUACCCUUCCUGUAUGCUUGGACGGUCAACUGGAGGAGGAUCCUGAGGAUUGUUCUGGUUACUUGGAAUGUGUAAAUGGAAGCUACAUCGAAAAGAAGUGUGCCAUUGGUAGCUUUUUCAAUGCCACUCUGCAGACCUGUGAGAUUGACGAAAAUGGAAUCUGUUUUCCUAUUCCUGCAAAAUGUUCAGAGGGGGAGCUUGAGGUAGAUCCCGAGAAUAAUUGUGGGUAUCUAAAGUGCCUCAAUGGAGUCCUGGUAGAAAUGAUAUGUGCAAAUGGUAGCUAUUACAAUUCCACUUUAAAAACCUGUCUCAUCGAUGAGAGUGGAAUCUGUUCGUCGCUUGGUAACAAAUGUGCAAAUCAUGAGGUUAGACAUGAUCCCGAGGACUGCUCUGGUUAUUUGCAGUGUAUCAACGGCGAAUUGGUUAAGAAACUCUGCUCAUAUGGCAGCUAUUUUCACACAACUCUUCAGAGCUGCGUCGUGGACGAUGAUGGUAUUUGUACUCCAUUGUCAGAUCAAUGUGAGGAAGGUGAACGGGAGACAGACCCUGACGACUGUGCUGCCUAUAUGGAGUGCAUCGCUGGCGAUUUCAUUGCACAGAAAUGUGUAAAUGGCACUUACUUUGAUGUAGGUAUAAAAGCCUGUAUUUUUGAUGAGAAAUGUAAAUAUAACGCAGGCGAACUAAGGGCAAUACCAGCUAUUCGUAAUUAAAUAAAUAAUAAUAUGUUAAA